AUGCUGGCAAAAAAGGACAAGAUGGACAAGAGCUGGAGUCCUCGGAGAGCGAAACUUACAAAGCAGUCGCUCUUGAAUCGCGGAAGACCAGGAAAGACCGUCUCACCGUGCAUACAGAAGAUGAUGAAGGCAUCGGAAAAGAUCAGCUCCAAAGGAGUGGACGACAUAGAACUCACAUUCGACGAUGGCUCUCGAAAAGUCUGUUCUGCGGUGUUGCGGAUGUGCUCACCGGUCUUUGAGCAGAUGCUCGCCUCAGGCACGAAGAAGAUCGAAGUGAAGGCGGCUACUGCGCACGAGUUCGAUGCGUUUUACAGCCUGCUCAUGCCCGGGUACUUUCGCAGCGACAAGAUCACUGAGGAGAACCUCGGCCCUCUUCUGGCACUGAGUGACCACUACCAGGUCGACUUCGUGAAGUGGGGCUGCGAGGAGAAGCUUCGCAGCCUUCCUGUCACAGUCAGCCGUCUCGUUCAAGCCCAUGACUGCGGACUAGAUGAUCAGUACGCCCGUUGCCUGAAGAAGCUGGGUGUGUGUCCCCAGUUGCUCAACAAAGAGGAACUGGAGGAGCUGGGACGGACCAAGCCAAAUUUGUUGCUGGAGGUGGCUUGGUCUAUGCGUGAGGAGGCGAGUGGUGUCAACAGUGGAGAAAGUGUCGACAACGAUUUCGACUGA